AUGACCGUGCCCGAGUACCUUGCUUUCAAAGAGCUUCUUGUUUCCUCCAACGGCGGCCCAGCCAGUGACAACCCGUACUACGUGCUAGAGCUGGACUUUGGCCCGUUCAACGCAUCCUUCCCGCGGCUGACGCAGCCGCGGUCCAUCGGGCACGGCGUGCACUUCCUCAACCGCUACCUGUCCUCGCGCAUCUUCGCCAGCCAGCAGGGCUCCAUCCAGCCGCUCGUUGACUUCCUGCGCCUCCACAGCUACCGCGGCCAGCCGCUGAUGCUGAGUCAGCAGAUUGAGACACGUGAGCAGCUGAAACGCGCGCUGACGCGUGCCGAGGACCUGCUGAUGUCGUACGAUGAUGAGACACCUGUUGGACGCGUGGCAGAGAGGCUGCGGGACCUAGGGCUGGAGUUGGGAUGGGGCAACACGGUGGGGCGCAUCUCAGAGACCAUCAACCUGCUGCUCGACAUCUUCCAGGCCCCAGACGCGGACACCCUGGAGAAGUUUCUCGGGCGGCUGCCCAUGAUAUUCGACGUGGUGAUCCUGUCGCCGCACGGGUACUUCGGGCAGGCGAACGUUUUGGGGCUGCCCGACACGGGCGGGCAGGUGGUGUACAUUUUGGACCAGGUGCGCGCGGUGGAGAAGGAGAUGCUGCGCUCGCUGCACCUGCAGGGACUGGACCACCUCUUCCACCCCAACAUCGUCAUCGUGACGCGGCUGAUACCAGAGGCGCGCGGCACGACGUGCAACCAGCGCAUAGAGACGGUGGCGGGGACGCAGUUCACGCGCAUCCUGCGCGUGCCCUUCCGCACCGCCCACGGCAUCGUCUCCCACUGGGUCUCGCGCUUCGACAUCUGGCCCUACCUCGAGCAGUUCACUGAGGACGUGGCGAAGGAGCUGCAGGUGGAGCUGGGGGGGCGGCCGGGGCUGAUCAUUGGCAACUACAGCGACGGCAACCUCGUGGCCACGCUGCUCUCACACCAGAUGGGCGUUACUCAGUGCAACAUAGCGCAUGCGUUGGAGAAGACCAAGUACCCGGACUCGGACCUGUUCUGGGCGCGGCACGACGCGGCGUACCACUUCAGCUGCCAGUUCACGGCGGACCUCAUCGCCAUGAACCACGCCGACUUCAUCGUCACCUCCACUUUUCAGGAGAUCGCCGGCAGCCUCUCCUCCAACACAGUCGGGCAGUACGAGUCGCACAUGGCGUUCACGAUGCCGGGGCUGUACCGCGUGGUGAACGGCGUGGACGUGUACGACCCCAAGUUCAACAUCGUGUCGCCCGGCGCCGACGACGGCGUGUACUUCCCCUUCUCCGACGCCAAGCGCCGCCUCACGUCGCUGCACGCGGGGAUCCGCGACCUGCUGUUCGGGGAGCCGGACGGGGAAGAGAAAGCGUACCACCUAUCGGACCCGUCCAAGCCGAUUCUCUUCUCCAUGGCGCGCCUCGACCGCGUGAAGAACCUCACGGGCCUCGUGCGCUGGUUCGGCGCGGACUCGCGCCUGCGCGCGCUCGUAAACCUGGUCGUGGUGGGCGGGAAGCUCGACGCGGCGCAGUCGCACGACCGCGAGGAGGCGGAGCAGAUUAAGAUGAUGCACGCCGUCGUGCGCGACGCGGGGCUGGAUGGCAGUUUCCGCUGGAUCCGCGCGCAGACGAACCGCGUCAAGAACGGCGAGCUGUACCGCGUCGUCGCGGACAGCCGCGGCGCGUUCGUGCAGCCGGCGCUCUUCGAGGCGUUCGGGCUGACGGUCGUGGAGGCCAUGACGUGCGGGCUGCCGACGUUCGCGACGUGCCACGGGGGCCCGCGCGAGGUGAUUCACGAUGGCGAGAGCGGGUUCCACAUCGACCCGUACCACGGCCACCUCGCUGCUGCGCGCAUGGCGGAUUUCUUCGAACGCUGCCGCGACGACCCCAAGCACUGGGAUGACGUCAGUGCUGCCGCGCUUGCUCGGAUUCAGUCGCGGUACACGUGGGGAAUAUACGCGGAGAGGCUGAUGACCCUGUCGCGCGUGUAUGGCUUCUGGAAGUUUGUCUCCAACCUGGAGCGCCGGGAGAUGAAGCGCUACAUCGAAAUGUUCUACAUCCUCAAGUUCAGGCAACUGGUCAAGACUGUACCAACGGCAGAAAAGGAAGAAACGCAUUGA